AUGUCUGAAGGAACUUUGUUUACAGAUUUGAAUGAGAGAAAGUUGAUCAGGACUAUCGUACCAAGAGGUUUAGUGCGUUCCUUGAGGCUGGACGUAAAACUUGCUGACCCCAGCGAUGCUGAGCAACUCUACCAAAGGGAAUUUCCCUGGGGAAAGUACCCCACUUUUGUAGGACCACGUGAGGAGUGGACUCUUACUGAGGCAAUGGCCAUUGACUACUACCUGAUCCAUCUUUCUAGCGACAAAAAGGCCGUGAGCCAGUUAUUAGGACCCGAUGGUGACUUUAAAACUCGUGCGGAUAUUUUAAGAUGGGAGUCGCUUUCCAACAGUGAUUUUUUGAACGAGGUUUGUAAAGUAUUCUUCCUCCUAAUCGGCAUAAAGCCAUACAAUUCCAUUGAAUUUGAGACUGCGAGGAAGAACGUUGACACCAUCGUUUCGCUUUACGAGAGAAGGUUGAAGAAACAGAAAUUCCUGACCUCUAAUGAACAUGAGACUCUUGCUGAUCUGACUUCAGCCGCUGCUUUCUCAUUGGGGUUCUUAAGUAUUUUUGAUGAAACGUGGAGGUCCAAGCAUCCUGAGAUUACCCAUUGGUUCGAUCGCGUGGUUAACUCUCGCUUUUUUGAAGGUGAAUUUCAAAAUUUCAAAAUGUGCAAGUGUGCAAUGCAAUCCAGUAAAUAA